AUGAGCCCGAUAGAUGGUCCCAAAUCUGCGAGGGAAUCCCUCAAUGUCACGCUAAUCGGCACUGGCACCAUUGGCUUGUCCUUUGCUGCGCUGCACCUUUCACGCAGGUCGGGUCCCGCUGUGAAGCUCACAGUCUACGACCCGCGGCCGGACCUCGAAGGCUACAUUGACAAGACUUUACCAGACUACCUUCGGUCGGUGUGGCCAAGCGACUCUGCCAGCAGGUCGAGCGAACAGAGCCGAGCCGAGGCACCGGAUGUGGGGGAUCUACGCGCCGCCGGACGCAUUGCUGUAGCAUCGAGCUUGGCGGACGCCGUUCAAGGAGCCGAUAUCAUCCAGGAGCAGGGCCCGGAGGAUGUCGCAUUCAAGCAGGACAUAUGGGCCAAGAUCGAGCCUCUUGCCCCGCCGCACGCGCUCUUCUGGUCCAGCACGUCGGGCAUCCCCGCCUCCGUCCAGAUGGCCCGCAUGCAGGACAAGACUCGCCUCAUUGUCUUGCAUCCCUUCAACCCACCGCAUGUCAUGCCGCUUCUGGAGAUUGUUCCAUCCCCUGCGACCUUGUCUCUUCCCCACUCUUCCAUCAUGGACCAGACCAUAGAAUAUUGGAAGGGUCUGGGACGCACGCCCAUCGUGGUGAAGGAAGAAGUCACUGGCUUCAUUGCCAACAGACUGUCCUUUGCCCUUUUCAAGGAAGCAGCAUACUUGGCGCAGAGGGGUGUUUGUAGUCCUCAGGAUAUCGAUAAGAUUGUGGAGCAGAGCCUAGGACCUCGCUGGGCUGUACGCGGGCCGUUCUGGAGCUAUCACGCAGGCGGUGGGCAGGAUCGAGGGCUUGAGGGCUUCUUUGACAAGAUUGGCAGCACUAUACAAGCUUGUUGGGAUGAUACCGGCGAGCUCAGCCUAGAGUCUGACGGUACGGAUAAGGAGACUUGGGCCACCUGCUUGAGCAAAGAGGUGCAAGAGAUAUAUGGUCAUCUUGGGCCAGACGAUCUCCGGAAGAGGGAUCAGGCCUUGGCCAAGGUUUUAGACAUAACACAAGGAAGUCAAGAAUGA